UUCCGGUUCCGAUCUUCCGGUUUCUCUUUGACAAGCCACUUUAUUUAUAGAGUUUGGCAGGUUAAACUAUUCUGCGCGCAGAAAACAAAAUUAGUUGCGAUAGAAACGGAAAGUAUUAAAAUUGUAUGGGAUUUACAUAUAACAGAAAAAAAAAAUUAUAUUAGUGUAAUAUUAGAAAGCGAGAUUUCUCGCUUUUAUUAUCUAAUAUUCGCGUCAUGGUUGCUAUGAAAAUGUCAGUUCAGUGGUGAUUCAUUCGUUCAUUACUUGGCUUUUCUUCUGUUUUUUAAUAGGACAUUCUGCUCAUUGGGCAGGAUGAUGGAAGAACCAUUGAGUCAAGGUGCUUCACCAUCUGGUGAUAGCAAUUUCUCUGGAAGUGGAGAAUUAAGUUCCACUACUAUAAUGAGCAUAGAUGAAAGAAUGUUGGAUGUUAGUUCGCGACAUUCUUUAAAUGUUCUUAGAACUCCACCAACCAAGAAAGCAAAAAGAGUGAGAUUUUUUAGAAAUGGAGAUAAGUUUUAUACUGGUAUUGUGAUGGCUGUGACGCCAGAAAGAUAUCGCAGUUUUGAUAGUUUAGCUACAGAUUUAACAAGAGCUUUAAUAUCAAGUGUCACUUUACCUAAUGGUGUUAGAGCAAUAUAUACCAUGGAUGGGAAGAAAGUUCAAAGUAUUAAUGAUUUAGAAGAUGGUAAAUGUUAUGUAGUUUCUGGACAAGGAGAAAUUUUUAAAAAAGUGGAAUAUUCAUCUACUAAAGUAAGAAGAGGUAGUUCUUUAUCUGGACUACCACAAUCUCCAGCAGGUACUGGUAGACAAAUAAGUGCAAUACCAUUAUGUGUAAAAGCAAAAAUAAUCACAUUAAUUCGACAUGGUACAAAGCCACGUAAAGUUGUACGUCUUUUGUUAAAUAAAAGAAAUGCUCCAAGCUUAGAACAUGCGUUGGAAGCAAUUACAGAAGCUGUUAAAUUAGAUUCUGGAGCAGUAAGAAAAGUCUAUACUCUUUCGGGACAACAAGUUACCUCUUUGGAACAAUUUUUUGAAAAUGAUGACAUCUUUGUGGCUUAUGGUCCUGAAAAAUCGAAUCAAGAAGAUUUUGAAUUAGAUUUUGAAGAAUCUAAAAGUGUUCAAAGCUUUCGAAGAUGUCCAUGGACAUCAAAAAGACAGAGUGGUCCAAUGCCAAGAAUGCCACGUAAAUCUGGUAAAAAAGUGCUUACUACGCCACAAGUGCGAACACCUAGUCCUUCUUCACUGAUAUUACCACAGCCAUUACGUUUACAUUAUGCAGUAGGACACGUAAUUGGAGAAGGAAACUUUGCUGUCGUUAGGCAUUGUUCUCAUAAAUCUACAGGUGUAGAAUAUGCAAUGAAAAUUGUAGAUAAAUAUAAAUGUCAAGGUAAAGAAACAAUGUGGGCAAGCGAGGUAUCAAUUUUACGACAAGUUUGUCAUCCAAAUAUUAUUAAUUUGAUCGCAGAACAAGAGACUACCGAUCAAUUGUUUUUAGUCAUGGAACUUGUAAAAGGUGGUGAUUUGUUUGAUGCUAUUGCUGCAGCAACAAAAUUUUCGGAAAGUGAAGCUAGUGUAAUGAUUGGACAUUUAACAUCCGCAUUAGCUUAUUUACAUUCACAUCAUAUUGUACAUCGUGAUGUUAAACCUGAAAAUCUUUUAGUUGAAAUGGAUGGAAAUCAUGUUAGAUGUUUAAAAUUAUGUGAUUUUGGACUUGCCCAAGUUGUAAGGGAACCUUUGUACACAGUUUGUGGUACCCCUACAUAUGUAGCACCGGAAAUUCUUGCAGAAACGGGAUAUGGUUUAAAAAUUGAUGUAUGGGCAGCUGGUGUAAUAUUAUAUAUCUUACUUUGUGGUUUUCCACCAUUUGCUUCUCCUGAAAAUAAGCAAGAAGAAUUAUUUGAACGUAUUUUGAGUGGUCAAUAUGAUUUUAGAUCUCCAUUUUGGGACGAUAUAUCAGAUUCUGCUAAACAAUUAAUUUCAAACAUGUUACAAACGCAACCUGAAUUGAGAUUCGGUGCCGAAGAUGUACUUGAUCAUCCAUGGCUAGCGCAGAGCUUUCUAGGCGAGCAGACCACAGCAUCAACACCUACCAACCCGCCGGAGCAACACUGGUAUCAGCGUGAGCCGAUAAAAUUGGCAAUUUUUGAAUUUGACUUCUACAAAAAUCCAAUUCGAGGUGAUAGUUCUCAAGAUGAAGUUGAUGAUGUUUCCGAUAACAAAACAGAUAUUAGAAACAACCGAAGUGAAGUUUUAUCGUCAAUAGAAUCAAAAAGCAUUGAUUUAUUUUAUGACAAAGUUCAGAAAAAUUAAGUUAUAAUGAAAUUGACUUUAAUAACAAAAAUUUUAAUGAUAAAACAUUUGUGUCCCUUAGUGCAGAUUGUUUACAAUUUCAGUCGAAUAAUGAACAAUCUUAUAAACAUUUAAUAUAAAAACCAAGUUUAUCGCUGUUUAAAAACCAUCGCAUAGUGAAACUUGUUUGAACAGUAUUCAUAAAAAUGUUAAUUGUCGGUGCAAAUAGAUAAUUUAAUAUUGCUAGAGAGAAAGAGAGAUAGAUAUCAAAAUAUUCCUACAAUUUAAAUUGUGAGUUGUAAAGACAAUUCAGUUCGAGUGUUUUUUCAAUAUAAAAUAAAGAAUUUUGUUUGCAAGAAUUAAUAAUAUUUCGCGUAUUGUUAAAUACAAUAGACACCGAUAUAUUUUUAAAAACUUAAUUUCUUUUUACCAAAUAUUGUCUCAAAAUUUAUUAUCUAAAAAGAGCGAUGCAAUUAUUUAUUGGUAGUAAUUAGCAAUUCCAAUAACAACAAUGAAAUAUUAGAUAGGUUUCACCAUACGCAAUUAAUAUAAGAACAAAUGUCAAAUUUUACGCGAAAUAUAAAAAUAUAAAUGACAACUUUAAAAAUAUUAAUUUUUAUCACGAUGAGGAACCAAAAAAAAAAAAAAAAUAGUAAUGUAUGUGAUUCAUAUAAAAAUGGUUGUGUAAAUGAGGUUUUAUAGUGAUUAAAUUAUACAGAAAAUUCUUUUUAUAUAAUCAUGAAAAGUCAGCAAUAGAAGUAUUAGAAUUUCGUACAACGUUAAAAGUAAAUACAUCAGAAAUUUCUAAAUCGCAUAUACUGAUGUAUUACUUUUAAUAGUAAACAUUAUACAAAGCAAAGAUUUAAUUGUUUUUCAUUUCAAUUUAUAGAAAAUGAUUUGAAUGAUAAUAAUAAAUGAGAAAAUGAUUUUUGUUUAAACAAAAAUCAUAACAAUCUUUUGUAAAAAAUUUAAAACUCUACAUGAUAAUGAAUUGUACAAUGAAAAACGGACAGAAAGAUUCAGCUUAUAAUAUAUUUUACAAUUCUUAAAAAAAAGAUCACGAAAUAUGUAUGAUAGUUAAGAAAAAAAUAAAUGGAAAAAAGAUCGGUAAGAUAAUCGGAUGAGAGAUAUAAAUAGAUAAAAAAAAAAAAUAGUGUUACAGCCUAGAACAUGAUUAUAAAGAAAACUCGAAGCUCAGUUGUAGAUAGUACAACAGCUGCCAGUAGAAGCAAAUUGAACAAGCAGUGUGUUCACGUCGAAUCUAACAUUUUUAAAUCCAAUUUUAAUGGCCGAUGGAAAAAUGAUAAUUAGAUAUAUUUAUACAUUACACAUGAUCGAUGCGGGACUAAAAACCGCUAAAGAGUCCAAAGUUCUAAAUAAUAAUUAUUUUAAUGUAAGUGCAAAGUCUAUUUAACCAUGGAUGUGACGUCAUUUGUUCUUAAAUAUUGAAGAGAUUGAUAUCAAUAGAUCAAUAAUUCAGAUUAGAACAGGUGAGCUUCACACGUGAACAAGACAUGCCAAAUGCAUUUAAGUAGUUUAUUUUAUAUUUGAUAUCUAUUAUUGUACGUAGAUCAAGUAUUGAAUUAAACUAAAUGUAGAAAUUGCUUUGUUCUUAUCGAGGCAUAAGUAAUUAGAUGAAUAUAAUUGUAGAACGAGGUGAGAACUGUAUUAUUAACGCAAAAAAUCCUUGUGACAAGUGACAGAGGGCGACAGAGAGUGGAUAAUUAUAAAUAUUUGUGUAGCUUGUUACAUACGCUUGCUCAAAAGUAAUUCAACUGUUGCUAGAAUGAAUAUUUUUAUAAAGUACUGUGAGUGGUAUUACAUUAAGAGCAAUAAAAGUAAAAGUGGUGAUAAUUAGAUGAUGAAGAAGAAAAAAAAAAAUCUUAGAAAAUAUCAUAUCGGAUACGAGUAUAAACAGAGAAUUGAUUCAAAACAUAAUGCUUUUCAAAUUAUUUUUAUAAAAAUUAUGGAUUGUAAAUUUUGCAUGUAUCUUUCUCCCUUUGUCGCUUGAAGAUACUUUUAUGGUUACCCCUACUACAAUUUCCAUAUUUUUUAAUGCAAUUAUUACUAUUUACUAUAAGGAUGUACAUAUAUAAUAAGUAAGAAGUUUAUAAAAUAUUAUUUAAAUAUUACUAUUAUUAUUUGUUCUUAUAAUUUGUAAGUUACGCAUAAAAAAUUAAUUUAUCGUACUAGGAUUGAUUCGUAUGUAGACGAUAAUAAUUGUAAUUUUUUUGUAAGCACAAUUAAUUCGUAAAUGUAUACGCGAUAUUGAUCAUAAGUCAGUGUUGUCCACAAGUGAAUUUUCUCACGUGACUUUUUGUCCUAUCCACGUCAUUCUUAUGAUAAGACAAUAGACAAUAUAGAUUUGAUAUAACAUCGUUUUUAAUUUUUUCUAUGAAUUUCAUUUUUAAAACAAAUUACGAUACUUAAACUUUCCCAGAAAAUAUUUGUAUAUUUUUGUGUUAGUGCGCAUCAAUCGGUAUCCUUGUAGUAACGAAGAUAGAACGAAUAAAAUUCUGUAUAAAAUUCUAAGCUCAGUUUGGAUAACACUGACUGUAGAUUAUAGAAAUUUAAAAGUGAUUUAUGCCAAAUAUAUGAAAUUCAUUAUUUAUAUUAUUAUAUACAUGUAUAUGUA